AUGUUGUCACUAACAAGCCCUACUGCUGCCGCAGGUGGAGGCGUGAAGAUCCUGUUUGAGAAGGAGCUCGGUGUGGCAGAUUUCCACCUGCCCAACAAAAGCUGCAUCCUCUACGUGUCUGAGUGCGACAUCAUUGCAGGGAACAGCUACAAGAGGAAACUGGUUCGCUACAGAAACAGCAGCAGUAGUUUCCAGGAGCUGGUGCUGGUGGAGAACACCAGACUCAGUGAGCAGUACUUCUCCGCUGUGCAGAAGUUUGUGGUGUUUGACCUCGGCCUGACUCUGCUGCCGGUCAGCGGGCAGACUGAAGCCUCACAGCUCAUCACUCAGAUUGUUCACGGUGGGGGGGGGGCAGGGAGAACCCCUUCAGGAGGAGGACUUCGUCUCAGCUGUUGGACCCGCUGA